AUGCUAACAAAGCUCGAAACGAAGAGCAAUCGAGUGAAGGGCUUGAGCUUUCACCCCAAGAGGCCCUGGAUUCUUGCCUCCCUCCAUAAUGGCCUCAUUCAAUUGUGGGAUUACCGCAUCAGAACUCUUUUGGAUCGAUUCGAUGAGCAUGAUGGCCCCGUGAGGGGAAUCAGCUUCCACGCUACACAGCCUCUCUUCGUGUCAGGCGGCGAUGACUACAAGAUCAAGGUGUGGAACUACAAGCUGCGGCGCUGUCUCUUCACUCUGCUCGGGCACAUGGACUACAUCCGCACAGUCCAAUUCCACCAUGAAUACCCCUGGAUUCUGAGCGCGUCCGACGAUCAGACGAUCAGAAUCUGGAAUUGGCAGUCCCGUACCUGCAUCGCCGUACUCACUGGCCACAACCACUACGUUAUGAGCGCCUACUUCCACCCCAAGGAGGAUCUCGUCGUCUCCGCCUCGCUUGAUCAGACUGUUCGCAUCUGGGACAUUUCUGGUCUGAAGAAGAAGAACGUUUCGCCCACGGGAGGACUUGACGACCCGCUCCGUCUCGCACAGAACGAUCUUUUCGGCAACCCCAACGUGGUGGUCAAGUACGUGCUCGAGGGCCACGACAGGGGCGUUAACUGGGCCGCCUUCCACCCCUCUCUGCCCCUCAUCGUUUCGGGCGCCGAUGAUCGCUCGGUCAAGCUCUGGCGAAUGAACGACACGAAGGCGUGGGAGGUGGACACGCUGCGCGGGCACUACAACAACGUGUCGUGCGUGAUCUUCCAUCCGCACCAGGAGCUCAUCCUGAGUAACUCGGAGGACAAGACCAUCCGCGUGUGGGACAUGUCCAAGCGCUCGGCGGUGCAGACCUUCCGCAGGGAGCACGACCGCUUCUGGAUCAUCGCAGCGCACCCCGAGAACAACCUCUUCGCCGCGGGUCACGAUUCGGGCUUGAUCGUGUUCAAGCUCGAGCGGGAACGGCCCGCCUACGUAGCGCACAAGGGGGCGCUGUUCUACGUCAAGGAGCGCUAUCUGCGCACCUACGAUUUCGCCUCGGCCCGCGACGUGCCCGUCAUGUCCAUUCGGCGCGCGGUGGCCAAGUCGCCUCGCUCGCUCUCCUACAACCCCGCCGAGAAGGCCGUCCUCCUCUACUCGGACGCCGACGGUGGCACGUACGAGUUCUACAAGCUCCCCGCCGACGGACGCUCGGCCGACUCGGUCGAGUCCAAGAAGGGCGCCGCCAACUCGGCCGUCUUCAUCAAGCGCAACCGCUUCGCCGCCCUCGACGCCAAGGCCGGCCAGCUGCACCUCAAGAACCUCAAGUGCGAGACCGUCAAGCGCCUGCCCAUGCCCCCGGGCACCGACAUGAUCUUCGCCGCCGGCCUCGGCUCCCUCCUCCUCCGCGCCGAGGACAAGAUCAUCCUCUACGACCUCCAGCAGAAGCGCGCUGUCGCCGAGCUCACCGCGCCCAACAUCAAGUACGUCAUCUGGGACGACAAGGGCGCCCACGUCGCCCUCCUCGGCAAGGACACGCUCGUGCUCGCCACCCGCAAGCUCGAGCAGGAGUGCAUCAUCCACGAGACCAUGCGCAUCAAGAGCGGUGCCUGGGAGGAGAGCGGCGUCUUCCUCUACACCACCGUGUCCCACAUGAAGUACUGCCUCCGCGACGGCGAGCACGGCAUCGUGCGCACCCUCGACGUGCCCAUCUACGUGACCGGCGUCCGUGGCAACCAGGUGCACUGCCUGGACCGCGAGGGCCGUAAUCGCGUGGUGCUGAUCGACCCGACGGAGUACGCCUUCAAGAUGGCGCUGGCGCACAGGCGGUACGCCGACGUGCUCAAGAUGGUGAAGCCGGGCCAGUCGAACCUGGUGGGCCAGGCCAUCAUCGCCUACCUGCAGCGCAAGGGCUACCCCGAGGUGGCGCUCUACUUUGUCAAGGACGACAAGACCAAGUUCAACCUGGCCCUGGAGUGCGGCAACAUCGAGGUGGCGCAGGCGUGCGCCAAGGCGCUCGACGACAAGGACGCCUGGCACCGACUGGGCACCGAGGCCCUGCGCCAGGGCAACCACCAGGUGGUCGAGAUGGCCUACCAGCGCACCAAGAACUUUGAGCGGCUCUCCUUCCUCUACCUCAUCACGGGCAACGUGGAGAAGCUACACAAGAUGCUCAAGAUCGCCGAGAUGCGCAACGACACCAUGGGCCGCUUCCACAACGCCCUCUACCUGGGCGACGUCCACGAGCGCGUGCGCAUCCUCGAGGAGGUCGGCCAGUUCGGCCUCGCCUACACCACCGCCGCCACGCACGGCCUCGCCGAGGACGCCGCUCGCCUCGCCGAGAAGCUCGACGGCAACCUGGCCCCCGUGCCCGAGGAGUCGGCCACGCGCCUGAUGGUGCCCCCCGCGCCGAUCCUCCGCCACCACGACUCCAACUGGCCCCUGCUCACCGUCUCGCCGGGCUUCUUCGACCCCUCGACCAUGGACGACUCCUCCGGCCGCGGUAUCCGCGCUGCCGCCCCCGGCCUCGACCUCGACGACGAGGGCGAAGAGGCCGCCGGCGCCUGGGACGACACCGGCGCCGACCUCGGCGAGGAGGGCGAAGGUGAGGGCCUCGCUCCCGCCGCCGACCUCGGCAACGACGAGGACGACGGCGGUGCCGGCUGGGACGACGACGGCGGCCUCGACGGCCUCGACAGCGUGGACCUGGUCCCGGCCAAGUCCGAGUCGUUCUUUGUCGCGCCGCGACCGGGCCAGAACGCGCGCCAGGUGUGGACCAAGAACUCGCGCCACGCCGCCGACCACGCGGCGGCCGGGUCCAUCGAGAGCGCCAUGGAGCUGCUCCACCAGCAGGUGGGCGUCGUCAACUUUGCGCCGCUGCGCCCGCACUUCAUGGCCCUCUGGAUGGGCGCCCACGCCGCCAGCCCGAGCGGACCCCUCGGGCCUGCGGUGAUCUCCAACCUGGAGCGCAUCGUCGAGGGCCAGAGCGCCGGCCUGCCGGCCCUGUGGACCAACGUGGGCCUGCUCAUCGAGCAGCUCAAGGCCGCCUACCGCUCGACCACCAAGGGCGCCUUCGGCGAGGCCCUCGACACCUUCGCGUCGCUGCUGCACAUGCUGGUCUUCGUCGUCGCCCCGACCAGGCAGGCGCGGACGGAGGUCGAGGAGCUGCGCGACCUGUGCCGCGAGUACAUCCUGGGCCUGCGCAUGGAGCUGCACAAGAAGACCCUGCCCGCCCAGAACCAGAUCGAGGCGCUGGAGCUGGCGGCCUACUUCACGCACUGCAACCUGCAGCCCAUCCACCGCAUGCUCGCCCUGCGCUCGGCGAUGAAGGCCGCCUACCGCAUCAAGUGCUACCACCUCGCCGCCUCGUUCGCCUCCCGCCUGCUCGAGCUCUCGCCCAAGCCGGAGAUCGCGCAGGAGGCCAAGAAGGUGAUCAAGUUCGCCGAGACCAACAACACCGACGCCCACACCCUCAACUACGACGAGCGCAACCCCUUCGUCGUGUGCGGCAUCUCCUUCACGCCCAUCUACAAGAACCGCCCCUCCAUCGAGUGCCCCUACUGCCACACCCACUACCUCCCCGCCCACGCCGGCAAGCUCUGCCCCACCUGCCAGCUCUCCGAAAUCGGCAAGGAGACCUCCGGCAUCAAGUUCACGCCAGGCAGAGACUAA